AUAUGAGUAUAUUAUGGUUGAUUCAAGAAUACACUUUUUCUGAGUACGACAUCUACAAAUCACGCAUUCGAUAUUCAGAGCCAGCAGACUUGAAAGCGGCAAGAGAGAAAGAAGAACGAAUGUAGAAGGGUAAGAACUUGAAAUACUUUACGUAAGAAAACGCAGCCUAAAACAUAGUCGAAUUAUGUAGAGUAUUGUAGAGGAUAAGAAAAAAGACACUGGCAGCGUGAUAUUAGAUAAAGGAAGAGCUAGAAUGAAACUCAUGAAUGAAAUAAAGACAAUUACGAAGAUAAGAUUGAAUAUUAGAAUGCAAAACAUUAAAGACCAAGCAACACAAAUGCAGAAUAAAUCUUUGACAUAUGUGUUGAUAUGUAAAUAGUAUCAAUAUAAUCAAAUAAGGAAAGGAUGAGAAGAUGGGAAAUCAUAAGUUUUUGCGAAAUAGAAAGAACAUGAAAAGGAUACAGUUUACGAACAUGUGCAACUUUGCAUUUUGAGAUGGGGUGGUUAAAAGAAGGAAGGAUUGACAUGUAAACCAAGAAUGCAGAUACAAAAGAAGGAUACAAUAAAAAUAGAGAAUUGAGACAUCAGACAGCGACUGGAACUCAUAUUCAUAUAAAAGGAUUUAGUAUUAUUUAAAUAAUAUGUAAAGAUGCGACGAUAACGACAAUGAUGCUGAUAAUCAGCAGUAAACGUAUAAAGAGAUGAGGAUCAAGAAUGGAAUCCUGAGGAACAUCAGACGGCACACCGCGAAGAGAGGAUAGCAUAGAAAGAGAAUUAUAAACUAUGUGGUAAUUUAUCUAUUGGAUAAACAAAAGAAUAAAAGAGUAACAGCAUAAAAGAGUAAGAGAGUAAGACAGUGAGCUGAAGUUUACCGAAAGGUAGAGCAAUCCAGUCUCGGUCGGACAGUAAAAAUGAAAGAUUUAAAUGCGAGAUCAAAUAACUAAAAUAGCGGGCGGACAAUACGCAAGAUUCGGAGAUUUUCCGUACAUGGUAGUGGUGCAUCAAAUCCUAGGUAAUGGAAACAUCGGACAAUGCGGAGGCACAAUCUUAUCAAAAAGAUGGAUUCUCACAGCCGCUCAUUGUACGGAAAAAUACCCACGAAGAUUUUUGAUAAUUUUCGGUAUCGUUAACAUCCAGUAUGGGAUAAGCUACGAUACUCAUCAAGGUCCCGGUGGGUCCAUGAUUGCGACUCAAGCGAUUAUACACCCAUAUUACAGUUCGGGCUUAAACGACAUUGCUCUAAUUUAUACGCCGCAUGAUAUUCCAUUCUCCAGAACUGUUCGACCGAUAAACCUUGCUUAUGAAGACUCAGAAAAUUUUGACGGUAAAUCUGCUUUUGUGAUCGGUUGGGGAAUAACUCACACGGGGAGUAGCCAAGCUUCGACAAGACUUCAGUACACCACACUGCCGGUUAUUAAAAAUACUGUAUGUAGGCAAUUCUGGCACCAAAUCACUGAGAAAGAGAUUUGCACGGCACCAGGAUUAGGACGAGACGCCUGUCAGGGUGAUAGCGGUGGUCCACUCGUUGUAGUAGAAAAUGGUAUGGACAUUCAAAUCGGUAUUGUGAGUUACGGAGACGUAUAUUGCCCUAGCCAUACACCCGGCGUUUUCACUAGGGUUUCUUCAUAUACAAGCUGGAUUCACCAAAUUAUAAUGAGAUCGUUUAAUAUAGACUAUACUUUUUGAUUUUUUUAAAUGUUGAUAUAUUUAAAUACAUAUGACAAAUAAUAUUAAGAAGAUUUACGUACAUAAAAUGUCCAUAAAAAUACGUAACAUUAAAUCCAAAAUGUCAUAAUGAAA